AUGGCUGCAGCGAAUCCAGCUCAAGCAACGCUCAGUGAACAGCUGCGCGCGUUGGCCGCAUGUCUUGGCGUCUCAGUCGAUUUGGCGCCAAUUUCAGAAAGCGCCGACAGGCCAAACCAACGCGCCAGGCUCAAGCAGCUUUUGGAUGGUCAACAAGCGGGCGCUGCCUCUCCAACUGUCGAGCAGAAAACCGAUGCCGCAGCUGCACUCCUGGAGUUGGAGUUAUCUCUCAGCUGUGCCAAGCUGGUGGUCCGCAAUUUGUUGGGAGCUGACUUGCUUGAGGAGCUGAAUGGCGAGCUUGACUCCAAGCGAGGCGCGGACCAGCAAAUCGAACAGCUGCGACUGCAGCUUGCUGCAACGAACAUCACUGCUAAGCUGAAAAACACACCGGAACUUAUCCAAGCUUCACUUGAGGGUCUGAUUCAACUCACGCCGAAGCAGGAACGGGAGUAUUCUCCCACGUACCCCCUCGUCGACCUGCAAGUGGCAACCACUGCUAUUAAAGCGCACAUGAGCACCCGAUUGGAGCGACCAGGGAACAGCACCGAUCGACUGGAUUUUCCAUCACUUCUGGCGUCGACGUUGCCUGGUGCAGGAAAAACAAGGCUCUGCCAAGAGUUUGUGGGCCGCAUCGCUCCUGAAGUAUUCAACAACCGAGAACUCGAGUUUAUUUCCUUGUUUGUCACCUUCAAUAACGCAACCAGUUUCGACAUCACCAGAGACUGGACCGUCGCCCGCAACGCCCACCCUGAACACGCUCUUGCGACUCGCCUUCUGCAAGCAUACUUCAACAUCUCGCGGACCUUCUUUGAAGUGAACUUUGCGCAGACCGGGAGCUUCGAGGUGACUGCUACUCUGGAGUUUAUCCAGCAGUUCGAGUUUAAGCGUCGGCACGGUCAUGCGCCGAAACCUGGGGAUCAGUUACCGUACGUUGCGAUUGCGGUCGACGAAAUCAACAGAUUGCUUGCUGUGUCCGCUGGAGCGAUGGAAGCGCUGGCCGCUGUGAAAGAGUCAGCCACUGUGAAACAGGCGGACGCUGCGAGAAAGGCAGCCGAGCAGGACAAGGUUGGCGCACAAGAGAAGCUGGUCUCCGAGGCGAAUCCGGUCCCACAAGUACGGUCCGCUUCUGAAGCCUCGGUCGUACAGGCACAUCUGGCCAGACAACGCUACAUGGAGAAGUUGAAAUCUCAGCGUUGGCUGCUGAAGCAGACACUUUGGUCUCUCAAGAAUGCCACCAUCGAUCCGGCUUCACGGCUCUUUGUACUCUACGCCGGAACUCUUCCAGAACACCUCACGCCCGGUCUGGUCGAGCCGUUGGACUCCAACGCUUCUGGCUCGAGCAACUUAGAGGUCAAUCCAGUUCCAAUGGAACCGUUUGAUGGCCCCCACACCGCCGAGUUUGCUGAUGUAGUUGCCAACAUAUCAAAGAAGUCAGUUGCCUGGCGACUCAAUGCGAGCUUGGUGGGUCAACUUCGUAUUGCUGGUGGCUUGCCGCGUCACAUUGAAGCAGCGAUGAGUGUGCGGACGGAAAGUGCCAUCGCAACGCCCGAAAUUAGCGCUGUUUCUUUGAUCGAGUUGGUGCACUUUUGCGCGUUUGAUACUGUGAUGGUAUCGCAACUUGACAGGAAAGUAGCUGCUUGGGUCAGCCGCGGCGCGGCUUUCGUCGGUACGUCAGAUCAGGAUGACGUGACGCUUGACCAGACCCCUGACCAGAAUGCUCAAAAGCUGUCCCUGCAGUUCAACUUGUACAAGGAGGUCAAGUUGAUCCCGAUCGAUUUCGACCUCGAGCCUGUCAAACACAGUCUCGAUGUCGUCCUGCGGCUCGCAGACACUCUGAAAGCAAGUCUUACGUGCAUCUCCAAGGAUCUGGCAAACCCACCGUCCAAGCCCGAUCUGUGGGAGCGACUCGUUGUCCACCUCUUCAACUUGCGGGUGACUGCGUAUCUUGCCCAUCACGUGCUGUCAGCUCAAGCUUCUUCGGGUGCCAUUCUUGUCCCUCUCAUCGAGUUACUGCCUGGGGUCAAGUUCAGUGAUGACUGCAAAAACCUGUCACUCAUGCUGGAUCCCAACAAAUGGAACACGGAUGUGUUCAUGCAACUUGCCCCAGAGAACGAGCCAGGAAUCGAUGCUUACUUGCACGCCGACCUUGCUGGUCACGCGACGAAGAAACGUGUCGUCAUUGGUCUGCAGAUGAAGCUGCAUAUGCACCUCCAGCCGACAGGCCCCGCUGAGCUUCGCAAAUACGAAAAUUCUGCCCGCCAGCACCUCGAUCAGCACUACGUGCAGACACAAUACAAAGACGACACGCUUGUUCUUGUGGGGGUCAUGUCAACAGCUCGUUUGGCAACUGCUAAACCUGCAGAGAAUUCGUGGGCGCUGGAGCGUAGCGCGCUGAACAAAUUCGCACAAGGAUUUCAGACCGCUAUGCAAAGCGCAUAUUCGUUCGACCCGCAUCACAGCCCUGCAACGCACAUUGCGAGUUCCUUCUAUUCGUGGGGCACACAAACACAAGAAGUGUGCAAUGCGCUGGCGCACCUUCUCGUGCAGACUCGGCACCUAGCUCACCAGCGAGACAGCCUGCAGCAGUUCAAAACAGCAGGGGACCUGCGCCAGUUCUUGUUUGACCAAAUCGGUGACUCCAAAGAGGUCUCGUUCACCCUGACGGAGAGCGGCGAAACAAAGCAAGUGACCCACACUCUCACAAAGGGGGAUGUCCCACCGGUCAAGCACCUUGGUUGGUACUUUGCAUUGCCUGAUACGGCUCGUUCCGCAGCGUCGUCUUCCAGCGCCAGCAUGUCCAACUAG